UCUCCUGUCCGUCCCCCACCAUCUCGCCCAGCUGUGGCCCUCGCAGUGCGCGACCGCUGGCACUCACCUGGAAGGUCCUUGGCCUCAGGACGACUGCCAGCAGCAGCAGCAGCACCUUUCCUACAUGAGGGACAAGGCCACACAAACCCCCAGGGCCUGGGCAGAUGAGAGGAGGCGAGGCUCUCACAAGCGCUCGGCUUCCUGUGGGAGCACCGACCAGCUCAAGGAGAUCGCCAAGCUGCGGCAGCAACUCCAGCGCAGCAAGCGGAGCAGCCGUCAUCGGAGGGACAAAGAGCGCAAGUCGCCCUUCAAUGGCAGCCAUGCCAUCAUGCAGUCGCAGGCGGCCAUGCCCAAGACCAUCCUGAUCCCCAUCCCCAUAUCCAAGUCAUCCGCUCCUCGUUUCCGCAACAGCGUGGAGGGUCUCAACCAGGAGAUCGAACGCAUCAUCAUCCGAGACACGCCCGAGAAGGAUGAGACCAUUGUUGUGGGUGACAUCAGGAUUCAUACCGCCUCCAUCUCGCCGUCCUACCUCACCGUCCUCAACGACGCGGUCGGCGGCGGCAGCCCCUUUGACGACAAAGAGCUGGGCCCGUACUCGCCGCUGCCAAAAUACGCCGCCUCCCCGCGGCCCAACAACAGUUACACGUUCAAGAGAGAACCUCCGGAGGGCUGCGAGAAAGUCAAAGUGUCUGAGGAGUCCCUGCCCAAAAGCCUGCAGGAGGUGCCCCCAUUCCUGUGUCCCGACCGCAACAAGGUCAACUUCAUCCCCAACAGCGGCUCGGCCUUCUGCCUCGUCAGCAUCCUCAAGCCCCUGCUUCCGGCCCCGGACCUUAACUUUCGCCCCGGGGUGGGCCUGCGCAGUCAUUCCCCGUCGCUGGUGCCUCUGUCCACCCAGCCCUGCCUCCUGGAGGAGCCGGAGAGCUUCUGACGAGCACCUUAAACACCUUCAAGCUCGAGAAAGGACAAGAAGAAGAAGAAAGGGGGGGGAGAAAAAAAAAAAAGGCCUUCAGCAUGCUCGCUCUCUGAUGUCUUUGUUCAAAAGACGCUUCCCACUGCCUCACCUUCUCAUUGCUGUCUUUUUGUUUUGAAAGGAAAAGGGCAGAACCAUUUUUUUUUUUCACCGUGUGAUACCAUGACGCCUUUCCACAGACAUAUCUUUUUUUUGUAUCUCUCGUUCUUUCUAUAUGAUAUGCCUUCCGCUACAAAAGGCCACGGUGCUGCCAGAUUGUAGCAAAACUUGAAGGGGUAAAAAAAAAAAAAACAGAAAAAAAAAAC